AUGGUGCCAUAUAUCGGCCUUGUUGAGAGGAUCACGCAUGGCAAACUUGAAUGUUUGUUGAACACUGUACAGGCUUGUGCGAUAGAUGUGUGGCCAGAUUUGAAUGAAUACUGCCCUUUCAUUAAAUGUAUGGAAAAUGUGGUGUUGGAUAGUUUUUACAAAAGGAAGUAUCCUCCAUGGAAAACAUGUUUUGAAAAGCUGAAAUUAGAAGCAAAAUCUGUUACUGAUUGCUUAAAAAGUGUGCGUGGGAAAGAGCUCGAAUUCCUCUAUGCUGCUGAGACAAUAGCCCUUCAACCCCCUCAUACAUAUGUGCCAUGGGUUGUUAUAGAUGGCCAACCACUUUAUGAGGACUGUGAAAAUUUCAUAAGCUACAUUUGUAAAGCUUACAAAGGUACUGCUGCUGUUCCAGCUUGCAAUGCAAUUCAAAAGGGUAGGAAAAUUAAGCCUUUUGGUUUCACAAAAAGAAGUAAUUCUAAGUUAUCAACUAUAUCUUCAGCAAUUUCAUCAUGA